AUGUCCAAGUCCGCUGUCCUUACCAAGAACGCACCCCCGCCUCUCGCAGGCAUCCUUUCCCAGGCCAUCAUCGCCAACGGCAUGGUCUACUGCUCUGGUGCCACCGGCGUUGACCCUGUCACGCGGCAGCUGGUCGAGGGUGACGUCAAGGCCCGGACACAUCAAUGCAUCAAGAAUCUGAAGGCCGUCCUAGAGGGGGCCAGAUCGAGCAUCGACAAGGUGGUCAAGGUCAACGUCUACCUGGCCGACAUGGGUGACUUUGCCGAGAUGAACUCGGUCUACUCGCAGUACUGGGGUGAUGUUAAGCCGUCGCGGACAUGUGUUGCGGUCAAGACGCUGCCUCUCAACACCGACGUUGAGAUUGAGUGCAUAGCGGUGUUGUAA